UAGGCUCGCCAUUACUGGUCUAUGGUGCUCUAUUUACACUCCUUUUGUCUCUCUGCUAGAUGCUUCCAGGACGAUAUUUGCUCUCCUGUCUUUUCCAUCUCCUCGUGCUUUCCUGCCAGCCUGCACUGGCCCAGAAAGAACGGAAGAAAGUGGUGCAUGUCUCUGAGGAUGACAGUGGUGCUGUUGUGGUUCAGACAGCACCUGGGAAGGUGGUCACCCACCGUGGGGGCACCAUCAUCUUGCCUUGUCGCUUCCACUACGAUGUGUCGGCCCAUGACCCCGAUGAGAUCCGCUUGAAGUGGACCAAGAUGGUAGAGCCCAUGUCAUUUGGGGAUGUCUUUGUGGCAAUGGGGAAGGAGCGCAGAGCCUUUGGGAACUACCGGGGCCGAACCACCCUGCAGGAGGAUGGACCCAGUGACGCCUCACUCAUCAUCCGGAAUGUCACUCUUCAGGAUUACGGGCGCUAUGAGUGUGAGGUGACCAACGAACUGGAAGAUGAUGCUGGAAUGGUGAAGCUCGACCUGGAAGGGGUGAUCUUCCCCUACCAUCCUCGCUUGGGGCGCUACACUCUGAAUUUCCACGAAGCGCAGAAGGCUUGCCUGGAGCAGGAUGGGAUCCUGGCUUCCUACGACCAGCUGCACGAAGCCUGGCUGGAAGGGCUGGACUGGUGCAAUGCUGGGUGGCUGGAAGACGGCUCUGUCCAAUACCCCAUCUCCAAGGCCAGGGAUGAAUGUGGACGCAAAGACACCCCAGUCGGAGUGAGGAAUUAUGGCUACCGGCACAAAGACCGGGAACGUUACGACGCCUUCUGUUUUACUUCCAAUCUGAACGGCAAAGUCUUUUUCCUCAAAACCUACCGCAAACUGAGCUUCCCUGAAGCCGUCCAAGCCUGCAAGAGGAACGGAGCCAUGGUGGCCAAGGUUGGCCAGCUCUAUGCUGCCUGGAAGAUCCAGCUCCUGGACAAAUGUGAGGCCGGCUGGGUUGGGGAUGGAAGUAUUCGCUACCCCAUUGUCAACCCCCGGGCUCGCUGUGGGGGCCGGGAACCUGGUGUUCGCAACCUGGGCUUCCCCGACAAAAAAUACAAACUCUUUGGGGUCUAUUGCUACAAAGAGGCUGGCAGCGAGAGAUCCCAGAAAAAAGAGAAGGAUGCUCCAGGGAAGUGGAACCCUUUCCAUGUGUAA